AUGGCAGCAGAAAAAAGCGACAAUAUUGAAAGUCUAAAGCUUCGAGCUCAACAGGCUGAAAAUGAAAUCACAAAAAUUGAGGCUGAAAUUGAAGCCCUCAAGAAAGGGCUAAUCAUCCCUGAUGGUGCAGUUGUUUCCUCAGAAUUGGAUGCACUGCGGACUGAAAAUGCUAAACUCAUGUACCAAAUCAAUCACUUGAAGAAGAAUCUGGAACUUGAGAAAAAAAAACAACCUGAAUAUAUGUUAAGUGUGAAUAGCAUCAUAGAGCAAGUGUUUGCCUUGGCCAUCCAUUCUGCCUUCCCCCAACUUGGAUCUGAUGCACCUGUCAUGGUUGUGCCAAGUUCUAACCCCAAGUUUGGAGACUAUCAGUGUAACAGUGCAAUGGCUAUUAGUCAGCAACUGAAACCUCUUGGAGUCAAAAUGAAUCCACAUGAAGUUGCUAAGCAGAUUCUACAAAACCUGCCGGAUACUCCUUAUAUUGAUAAAGUUGAAAUCGCAGGUCCUGGAUUCAUCAACACUUUCUUGGGUCGGGAUUUCAUUUCCAAACUGAUCAGUGAUUUACUUGUCCAAGGUGUUCGUCCUCCCUAUAUUACCAAGAAACACCGUGUUGUCAUUGAUUUUUCUUCACCAAACAUUGCCAAGGAGAUGCAUGUGGGCCAUCUCAGGUCCACAAUUAUUGGUGAUGCUAUUUCAACAUUACUGGAGUGGGUGGGUCACAGUGUACUGCGUUUAAGUCAUCUUGGAGACUGGGGUACUCAGUUUGGCAUGUUGAUUGCCCACUUGCAAGAUACAUUUCCAACCUAUGAUAAGGAGACGCCACCAAUUUCUGACCUGCAGGCUUUUUACAAGGAAUCAAAAGUUCGUUUUGACAAUGAUCCAGACUUUAAGAAACGUGCAUAUGAAGGUGUUGUGAAGCUUCAAAGUUUUGAUCCGGCAUACAUUAAAGCCUGGGAACAAAUUUGUGCAGUGUCUCGAGCAGAUUUUCAGAAAAUCUACAAGUGCCUUAAUAUUAAAGUCAUUGACCGUGGAGAGUCCUUUUACCAAGAAAGAAUGACUCAACUUCUGCCAGAGUUACAAAUGUCAGAACAUAUCCAGAUUGAAGAUGGCAUGAAAGUUAUGUUUUGUCCUGGUUUCAAAGUUCCACUCAUCAUGAUUAAAUCAGAUGGAGGAUUCACUUAUGACACUUCUGAUGUGGCCACCAUACAUCAAAGGUUGUUUGAUGAGAAUGGCACAUGGUUAAUCUACGUCACUGAUGCUGGACAGUCGACCCACUUCCAUACAGUGUUUUCUGCUGCAGAAAUGCUUGGAUGGCUUGAUAAGAACAUUGUCCGAUGUGAACAUGUUGGCUUUGGUGUUGUUCUUGGAGAAGACAAGUAA